AUGAGUUACCCAGGCGUGCCCACAAUGCGGCUUUAUAUAACUUCAAAGCAUUUCAUUCUCCAAUGCCCAGACACGGGAGUAUCAGCUCAGCUUUUAAUGGAACGAAACACAGGAAGAUGCGUUUGCACGUCUGGCUUCAGUCCAUUAGAACAAGGAAUUAGCAAGGAUGAUAUACAGUAUUUAGAAAUCUUUUCCAUUCUUGGGAUAAUUCCGAUUGGUUCGGUUCUAUUUGUAGGUGUUAUUACGGAAGCCGAUGUUAUAGGGACAAUCAAUGGGUUUAAUAUCUAUGAAGUCAAAGGAAUUGAGAUGCUUGAAUUUGAAUCUAAAAAUUGGGAAACUGAGGACAUAACUUACCAGAAACAGAGCAUCAUGAAAUUAUUGACAUCAGGUUUUUUCUUUUCCUAUUAUUAUGAUCUAACCAACUCGAUACAAAAUUCUACGGAGGAAGGAACUUUGCAUGAUAGAGCGGAAAAAAGAUAUUACUGAAAUUUCGAACUAUAUAAAGAUUUGCUUCUGCAAGGAAUACACACGCAGUGGCUUAUUCCUAUAAUUCAAGGAUAUGUCGGCAUCAGAAAUGUUAAUCAAGGCAUAAACACUUUUAUUCUGACCCUUAUAUCUAGAAGAAGCUGUGUGGUCAAGCAUAAAUCCUCACCCCACCCCCUCAAUAUAAACUACCUAGUCUUGAUAAUAAAAAAUAUAAGAGAUAUAUUGCAGUAUUUUCACUUCUAUGCUAUUAAAAUGCGAUUUAUAUCAUGUUUACAAAUAUAUUUAAUACUUUAUUUUACUAUAUACAAAAUUUUUAAAUUGGCUAGCAAAUUUAGCUCUUAUUUUUGUAUUAAAUUUAAAUAAGAUAUAUCAUGUUAUUGCAAAAUAAGUUAUUUAAGUGUAUUAAAUCUGUUAAAAAAUUUAAUUUAGUGAAAAAGAUGCUGGAUAUAUUAUGUGCCUAUCAUGCAUAAUUAUGCUUGAAUUUAUUUGUGUCUGUCCAUUUUUAAAGUAGAAUUCAAUUAGAUUCAUGCUUAAAAUGCUAUAAUUAAGCGAUAUCAAGAGUAUUUCUCUAUUAAUUCUUUCAUUUAUUAGUCUAAAAUUUUGCUUAUAGUAGGAAUAUGAAAUAAAGUAUUAAAUAUAUGUGUAAGCAUUCUAUAAAUCUCGUUUUAAUAGUAUAAGAGUGAAAAUACUGUAAUAUCUCUUAUAUCUCUUAUUAAAAUAGCUUUAUACAGAGGGAGGAGGUGGGAUUAUGCUUGACCAGCUGUGAAAGGACAGGAACUCGCUAUAAUUGCAGAGGAGUAGAUGAUGACGGAAAUGUUGCAAAUUUUGUAGAAACUGAGCAGAUUUUACAGAUUAAUGACGCCUUAUUUUCUUAUGUUCAAAUUAGAGGCUCAGUUCCAUUGUUUUGGGAGCAAACUGGGGUUACUGCUCAGCUAGCCUUGACAAGGUCUAGUGAAAUGAGCAUGCAUGCUUUUAGAAAACAUGUGGACAAUAUGGUUGAAACCUAUAAGCACGUUAUGAUGGUCAAUUUACUGUGCCAGACAAAAUCACACGAGUGACUUUUAAUUAACGAAUGGGAAAAUAUUUUUAACAGAAUAUACCCAGAAUACACACAGAAAAUUGGGUAUCAAUAUUUCGAUUUUCAUUCGAAUUGCAGAGGACAAAGAUAUAACAAAUUAAAUUUACUAUUGCAAAAUAACUAUCAUGGAAUUUUAUUACAUAAGCUUAUUAUAGUUUUUAUAAAAAAUAGGGUAAUAAGCACCAUUUACAUAUAAAAAUUUCUUUAAAAAAACAUAGUGGACAGCUUAAGCGAUUUUAUAAAUUAUCACCUUUAUUAUUGCAAAAUCGGUGACAAAGUAGAAGUCAGGCAAAAAGGAGUAAUGAGAAGCAACUGUCUAGACUGCUUAGACAGAACUAACGUCGUACAAAGUUAUAUUGCUUGGGAGCUCAUCAGGAUUCAGCUUAGAGUUGCUGGCUAUGAUUUUAAUUUGCGCUUAGAUGAUGGCGCUAAUAACUUUGUAAAGUCAUUCAAACACUUAUGGGCCGACAAUGGAGAUAUACUAAGCAUGCAAUAUACUGGAACAGGCUCCACCAUCUCUAGUGUAACUAGAGAAGGAAAACAAGGAAUCAAAGGCCUUAUCUCUUCAGGCAUAAAAUCCAUCGGCCGCUUUUAUAAUGCCAACGUACAAGAUGCUGUGCGGCAGCAAAGUAUAGACGCUGUCUUAAGAAGAAGAGGCACUCAAGGCCUGAUGAAUAAAGUAGAACAAGAAAUCUUUUUCAGAGAAAAUGAAUACUGUCAGUUCAAAAAGCUCAGAUUUCGCUGUGUUACCUGAAAUCUUGCUGGUCGAAAACUCCCCACAAAUACGAAUUUAUUAAGGCUGUUUAACGAUGGGAAUUAUCCUGACAUAAUUGCUGUUGCUUUUCAAGAAAUCGUAAAACUAAAUGCCAGAAAUGUCGUCCAAGAAAGCUCAAAUCAAGCUACAAUUGCAUCUUUAAAAGAGCUUAUUGAAAAUAAUCUAGAACAUGUCGGCGAAAAAUACUCUUUUAUUAGAUGUGACGACUUAGUGGGAAUUGCCUUGUAUAUUUAUGCAUUAGAUUCCAUAAAAAACGCCAUAUUACAUGUUGAUUCUGAUACUGUAAAAGUUGGCUUUAAAGGGAAAAUGGGGAAUAAAGGAGCCGUUUUAGUCAGAUUUAAUAUAUAUGAUACAUCGUUUUGCUUUUUAGGCUGUCAUUUAGCUAGUGGUUCUGAUCAAAAUGAAGCAAGGAAAUCACAGCUAAUUGAUAUUCAUGCCCGUGGGUUUCAAAAAGAUAAAGCUGGAAAACCCAAACUGUAUACUGUAUCCGGCCAUGAUAUAAAGAUCAUUUGUGGAGAUCUUAAUUUCCGUAUCGCACUAGGGAAUUAUCAAGUCCGGUCUCUUGUUCAAGCUGGAAGUUUUGAUGAGCUUUUCCAAGCUGAACAGCUCACUCAUGCAUUAAGAUAUGGAGAAUUAUCAAGUUAUAAAGAAUCUCCUAUUACUUUUAAGCCAACUUAUAAGUUUGAUGUAGGAACUGAUAUUUAUGAUACGUCUAAAAAGCAGAGGUCACCAGCUUGGUGUGACAGAAUUUUGUACUCUGGAGAAAAUAUCGAGCCAGUAAGCUAUACCUUGGUAUCAUUAAAAAAAAUUUUUUUUAUUACAAAUACUUUAAUAAGAAAAUUUAAAAUCAUCAUUUUUUUUAGGAAUUAGAAUUUACCUAUAUACCUCAAUAGAUGUUAAAUACUCUGACCAUCGGCCAGUUGUGCAUGAAUUUUUAAUUCAAGUCAAGCAAGUAGAUAAGCUCAGACGAAAAGAAAUUGCUGAUCAGCUAUACGGCCAACUUGACGAAAAGCAAUCCAUCCAGCCAGACUUGGCAGCUAUAAAUGCAGUCCCUGAGAUUGAAGAAGUUGAUUUGUUGAGUAUUUAA